GAAAAGUAGAUCCUUUUAUGUGAUAUUGUAGUUAGUAACUGGGACAGUAGGUUCAAACUUCCUUGGACCCUUCUGUUGGAAUCAGCGCACCAAACCAAAGCAAACCCAACCCAAAUUAUCUAUUUUCUUAACUACACCAUUACCAUCUACCUUAACCUUAACCAUCAACAUGACCAGAUACUAUUCAACCUAAUGAUAGAGACCCAACAAUACACAGCAGCAACAACAAAAUCGGGUGCACAAACAAACCCAACAUAACACGUAUUCCUUUAAACCCGCUCGUUGCUUUGUGCUUGCUGUGAUAGUGUUGUGUUCACUCCACACAAUAAAAAGUAACAUACCCUUCUUAGCUUCUUCAACCUUCAAUGGCCACUUCGCUUCUUCUUCUUCUUCUUCUUCUCUUCAUCACCUUUUUGUCUUUUCUACCAUCCUCUCCUUCUGCUACCUUUCUCUAUGAUCUUCAAUCUCAGUGCUCCCUCGCCAUCUCCCCUCACCCUCCUCUUCAGAAGGGGUUUUAUCUGGAAAAGAGAGGGUUGAAUACGUUUCUAUACUCUUCUAUGCUUCCUGGUGUCCUUUCUCAUGCAGAAUACUUCCUGAAUUUGAGAUUCUUAGUUCCAUGUUUCCUCAAGUAGAACAUGCCGCACUUGAGCAAUCAUCUGGUUUGCCAAGCUUAUAUACAAAAUAUGGAAUCCAUAGCAUACCUGCAAUCAUACUGGUGAACCAGACAUCUAGGGUGAGAUAUCACGGUCAAAACAAUCUUAAUGCCCUUGUACAAUUUUAUGAGAGAAACACUGGAUUAGAAGCAAGGGACUAUGUUGUUGUUGGUCAACUAAGCAACUUGAUGAGUGAUGAACAUUCAACUAUGAAGGGCCUCUCCCUCCAAGAAAUAUUAAUCAGAGAACCUUACUUGACAUUAUCUAUAUUCUUUCUCUGCUUGAGGAUUGUUCUCUUUGUAUUUCCCGCGAUUAAGUCAGGUCUCCAAGCAUUCUGGACUUGCUAUGUUCCUCACUUGAACUUAAACUUUGGCCAAGUGAUGGAACGUAUUCUUAGUGUAAAUGAUGUGCAGAGGAUUUGGACCAAGUUAGGACAAUGCAAGACCAGGAACUUUCAUCACAGGGCGAGGAGUAUCAGGGUUUGGGUAUCAUCUUUGUCUUCUGUUUCUCUGGGAGACUCAUCAGCUAGUUACUCAUAUAAGCAACGGGGAAGAUGCAAUUGGUGACCCUAUGGUCGGAGACAGCGAUGGCGAGGAACACCAUGACGGACAUGACGGCGUGGACCAUCUCGAAGGUCAGGAGUGUCCCCGUGGGGAGGAAGUUUCCCAGGAGUGAGGUCUUUUUGGACGCCCUUUGCCAUUAUGCCCAUUUCUUGUUCGCUUCCAUCCAUUGGAGGCUCUUCAAAGAGAAUUAACUUGAUUUGAGGCUUUUAUAUAUUGCGCCUUCCAAUU